AUGAAUUCUUCGCCUGAUUUAGUGACUCCUCAAAAGUCCUCAUCUUCAAAUUCAAUUGAAAAUGAAUCAAAAAUUAUGAACAGUCCAGAAAAGGCUUCUCAAGAAGUUUUUGAACCACAAACUGAAGAAAUUGCUCCACCAAACACUGGUAAGAAUGUUUAUUUAGGUAUUUCUAUUUCCUGUGCUAUGGUAGCCUUCGGUGGUUUCAUUUUUGGCUGGGAUACUGGUACCAUUUCUGGUUUCGUUGCUCAAACCGAUUUCGUCAGAAGAUUCGGUCAAAGAACUCAUUCAGGUCAUGAGCCAUAUUUGUCAAAUGUUAGAACUGGUUUAUUGGUUGGUAUUUUCAACAUUGGUUGUGCUAUUGGUGGUAUUCUUUUAUCUAGACUUGGUGACAUGUACGGUCGUAAAAUUGGUUUAAUCAGUGUUACUGUCAUUUACGUUAUUGGUAUUAUUAUUCAAAUUGCCUCCAUUGACAAAUGGUAUCAAUACUUUAUCGGUAGAAUUAUUUCUGGUUUAGGUGUCGGUGGUAUCACCGUUUUAUCCCCAAUGUUGAUUUCUGAAGUCGCUCCAAAGGAAAUGAGAGGUACUUUAGUUUCUUCAUUCCAAUUGAUGAUUACAUUAGGUAUCUUCUUAGGUUACUGUACUAACUACGGUACUAAGAGCUACUCUGACUCCACCCAAUGGAGAGUUCCAUUAGGUUUAUGUUUUGCCUGGGCCAUCUUCAUGGUUAUUGGUAUGACUUUCGUUCCAGAAUCUCCACGUUACUUAGUUGAAGCUGGUAAAAUCGAAGAAGCCAGACAAAACUUAGCUAAGGCCAACAAAUGUCCUGCUGAUCACCCAUUUAUUACACAUGAAUUAGACUUAAUUGAAGCUAGUGUUGAAGAAGCUAGAGCUGCUGGUUCUGCUUCCUGGGGUGAAUUAGUCACUGGUAAGCCAGCCAUGUUAAAGCGUACUACCUUAGGUAUUAUGAUUCAAUCUUUACAACAAUUAACUGGUGAUAACUAUUUCUUCUAUUAUGGUACUACUAUUUUCGCAGCCGUCGGUAUGAAUGAUUCCUUCGAAACCGCUAUUGUUUUAGGUAUUGUCAACUUCGUCUCUACUUGUGUCUCUUUAUACACCGUCGACAAGCUAGGUCGUCGUAACUGUAUGUUAUACGGUUGUUUAGGUAUGAUUGCUUGUUACUGUGUCUACGCUUCCGUUGGUGUUACCAGAUUAUGGCCAAACGGUAAAGGUAAUGGUUCCUCCAAGGGUGCUGGUAAUUGUAUGAUUGUCUUCGCCUGUUUCUACAUUUUCUGUUUCGCUACUACCUGGGCUCCAAUUGCCUACGUCAUUGUUUCUGAAACUUUCCCAUUAAGAGUCAAGUCUAAGGCUAUGGCUGUCUCCACUGCUGCUAACUGGAUGUGGGGUUUCUUAAUCAGUUUCUUCACUCCAUUCAUCACUGGUGCCAUCAACUUCUACUACGGUUACGUUUUCAUGGGUUGCAUGUGCUUUGCAUACUUCUACGUUUUCUUCUUUGUCCCAGAAACAAAGGGUUUAACAUUAGAAGAAGUUGAUGACAUGUACGCUGAAGGGGUCUUACCAUGGAAGUCUGCUAAUUGGGUUCCACCAUCCAGAAGAGGUGCUGACUAUAAUGCUGACGACUUAAUGCACGAUGAAACACCAUUCUACAAGGCCAUCUUCGGUAUGAAAUAA